CGAACGUUUUGCUUUCGAGAAAAAUAUUUUCAUAUUUUUUCUUUCGCGUAAUAGACGGGAUUUAGAAAAUCCGCUUAAAUUGUGUUAUGAUGAGAUCUGUUCUUUAAUUUAUGUAAAGAAGUGUAUGAAAUAAACUGUAACAAUGAGUAAGCAUAUGUAUUCCACUGCUAACUUAACCGAUAAGGAGCUGAAAGAACAAGGAAACAGAUUGUUCAGCUUACGUAGAUUUGAAGAUGCUAUGAACUGCUAUACCAAGGCCAUCAUAAAAAAUCCUUCAGUAUCAACAUACUAUACAAAUAGAGCACUAUGCCAUUUGAAAAUGAAGAGGUGGGAGGCUACAUGCCAAGAUUGUCGAAGGGCUCUCGACAUAGAUACUAAUCAAGUGAAGGGUCAUUUUUUCUUGGGGCAGGCAUUGGUUGAACUGGAAUGUUAUGAUGAGGCUAUUAAACAUUUACAUAGAGCAAAUGAUCUUGCUCGUGAACAAAAACUCAAUUUUGGAGAUGACAUUGCAGCACAGAUACGCAUUGCUCGAAAGAAAAGAUGGAAUGUUCAAGAGGAAAAGCGAAUAUCUCAGGAAAUUGAAUUGCAGACCUAUUUAAAUAGGUUAAUAAAUGAAGAUAUGCAGAGAAGAAUAGAAUCGAUAAAGUUAGAGAAUAUUAAUGAAGAUGACACCGGAAGCAAGGUGGCGAAGAUUGAAGAAGAAUGUAAUAACUAUGGCAGCGAGCUCAAUAACCUGUUUUCAAAAAUGGACGAUCGAAGGAGGAAACGUGAUGUGCCAGACUACCUAUGCGGUAAGAUCAGCUUUGAAAUUCUCAACGAACCGGUCAUAACCCCCAGCGGUAUAACAUAUGAGAAAAAGGACAUCGAAGAACAUCUAGAGCGGGUUGGACAUUUCGAUCCAGUUACUCGCGUGAAGUUGACAGCAGAUCAGCUCAUACCAAACUUCACUAUGAAGGAGGUAGUUGAUGCGUUUCUACAGGAGAACGAGUGGGCUCUCGAUUAUUAGUCAUUUUUAAUAUCGAUUUAGCUACCAUUACUCUUACGUCACUAGUGAAAAGGUAAUAAACACGCGAAUUGUCAAACGGUGUCUGUCUAAUAAUUAAAUUAAAAAAUAGUCACAAGUUCCUAAACUAUCACAAAUUACUUUUUCAUUAAGUCUAAUAGAACCAAAACCUAUGAGAAAAAUCCCUUUUAUUCUGCCAAUAACUUCUAAAUAUAUAUACAAUAACACAAAAAUUUGGUUUCCUCAUAAUUUCGUUUUCCUUAAAUAUAGUCAAAAAAGGUUUUAUUCCGCCUAUCUUACAUUGACGAUAUACUCUGCGGAUUGUGGACAUUUAUUACAGGUUUUGCUACAUCUACUGUACACAAAAUUUUUCUGCUAGAGAAGUCUUCGAAACUUUUUUAUACGAUCAUUUUUAAAAAAUUCUUCUCAAAUUUAUAAUAAGAAUAGUCAUCUCUAUUCAUAGACAUUGGCAUAGUGUGAAAUAUAAACCAUACUCUGUGCCCAUAAUAAGAUUGGCUCAGUAACAGCUUGUUAAUGUCCCACUGCUGGGCUACGGCUUCCUCUCCCUUUUGAGGAGGUUUGGAGCUUAUUCCACCACUGUUGCUGCUUCAAUGCGAGUUGGUAGAAUACACAUGUGGCAUAAUUUCAAUGAAAUUAGACACAUGCCGGUUUCCUCACGAUGUUUUCCUUCACCGUCAAGCACGAGAUGAAUUAUAAACACAAAUUAAGCACAUGAAAAUUCAGUGGUGCUUGCCCGGGUUUGAACCCACGAUUAUCGGCUUAGUCAUAUUUAUUAUAGGAACUGAUUUGUAUAUCUUCAUUUUGUUUGAAAAAACUAACGGCUUUAUCUAUAAAUGUUGUUAGUUAAACAAUGCCUUUUCUUCUUUUUUCAAAUAUGAAAUCAAUAAUGACAGAAAGAGAGAAGCAAUGUUCAAAUGGCGUGUAAGGCCGUUAAUAAAACCUUAUUUGAAUAGAAUUGAGAAAUGAACAAAAACGAUAUUGAGUUUAAAAUAUGAAUAUCUUUAUUAUUAUUUAACCGUAGUUGCCAAAGCUCGUAGUGUUAUUUUUUGUUUAAGUAAUUUUUCUACUUACAAAAUGACAUUUAUCAACAAAAUGGCGAUAUAAAUGGCGUUUUUAUCGUUAGCUGGUGACGUAAUUUUCAUAGCUUGUCAUUAUGUGCUCUAUCUAAUAAACAUUGAACACUUGAAGUGUUUGAUUCAUAAAAAUUAAGCUAGUUAUCAUUUGGUUAUGUUUAUAUUUAUUUAAAUACGUAUCGUAGAUUUAGGUGUUUAGUAGUUAUGUUAGUUAAUAUUUUUUAUACGAGAAAAAAUUGUACAUACUUCGUAUUCCACCCGCUAAGUGAUGAUAUAUCUGUUUGUGUAUAAAAAUAUGUUGCCAUAGUCAAAUAAUUAAAGCGCGAGUAACUUGGUGCGUAAUUCGCGCAAUCUAAAUCGGCCGACCGGCUUAAGGCUCUCCGGGACAUUCACGCAUGUGAAACGGUAAAAAUAAUGAUAACCUAGUUGAUUACCAUUUAGGUAAUUGUGAAUGCGAAAUGUGUAAUCGUAUGAUUAAUGUUCCCCCCUAUUGCUCGGCGAGACCGGCAGUUAGGCGGCUAGACUGCCGAGAUCAGAUACCAAGUCAAAAUUCAUUUUGCGUGAUAACCGUUUCAUUUUUAAAACAACGCGUAUAGCCAGCCUUUUUUUAUCGUUGGAAAAACACCUUACGCGUUUCCCCCACGGGAACAGUGGGGGGGUAUGUGGGGCUCGUCGGUGUCCAAGGCUCGACGAAAGUCUUAACGAGGAGCGCCACGGGAUCUCUUUCGCAUGCUACCGUGAACGUAUAGCCAGCCUAUUCCAAUUGAAUUCUUCUUCUUCUUUGUUGUUCAAACCCUCUUCCCAGUUCAGCUGGGGUCGGUUCUCCUUGUACAUCUGCGCCAGAGAGCUCUGUUGUGGGUUGUCUGUGUUCGUGUGUCUGACCACCAGGUUGCGGGCGGUCGCCCUCUUCCCCGCGGUCGGUCCGUGAUAUGGCCGUACCAGAGCAGUCGACAUUCCUUCAAUUUUUCCACAAUUGGUGUUACCUUGAAUGAUCCCCUGACAUACUUUGUCCAGCCGGGUGAUUCCUCCCGCCCAUCUAAGCAUUUUCAUCUCGGUUGUAUGCAGUUGUUGUUCGUGUGUCUUUUUGAUGGUCCAACACUCUGCCCCAUUGAUCUUGGAUGGGCGUAUUACUGUUUUGUACACUUUUCCCUUUACACGAAUGGACAUUCUAUGGUCACAGAGAACACCCGAAAGCGAUUUCCAUUUUAUCCAGGCGGUUUUAAUGCGGUGGUCCACGUCCUUAUCGAUAUUUGCAUCAGUAGUAAGCACAGAACCAAGAUACUUGAAGUUGUCUACUUUGGGUAGUGCGCGGUUGUCUAUGUAAAUAUUACAUCCCGUCUCUUCUGUCCCUCCAUAGUCACACUCAAAAUAUUCGGUCUUACUUCGACUAAUACGUAGUCCAUGGUUAUCUAUUUGUGUCACCCACCGGUUAAGUGUUUCCUGUAGGUUUUGUUCAUUUUUCGCCACUAGGACUAUAUCAUCUGCGUAAAGAAGCUCUGGUGCUGGCUUUUGUAUGCCUCGCGUGAUGUAGUCCAUGCACAGGUUGAAUAGCAAUGGGCUCAAGGCAGAUCCCUGAUGUACUCCUACAUUUACGUGGAAGGGCUCGCCAAGACCCGCUGGACUUUUGACGCGCGUUUUGGUGUUUAUGUACAUAUCUUGUAUUAGUAUCACAUAAUAUUCCGGGAUGUUUUGAGUUCUCAUAGCCUGCCAAACUAGAUUUCUGGGUACCCUAUCGAAAGCCUUUUCUAGGUCGAUGAACAGGAGACAGAUUUUCUUUGUUUGAACGAUGUUUCUCCAUCACAACUCUAAUUAACUGAAUGGCAUCGAUGGUAGAUUUGCCAGGCGUGAAGCCGUAUUGGUUCUCAGUUAUACGGGUACAGUCAUUUAUGCGUGCGGCGAUGAUUGUUUCAAACAGUUUCAGUGUGUGUGAUGUGAGUUUUAGUCCCCUGUAGUUUCCGCAAUUCGCAAUGUCCCCUUUUUGUUUAUAUAUUUAUGAUAGAAUGCUGUUACGCCAGGAUUCAGGGAUCUUGCCAUCUUUAAUAAUAGCGUUAAAAAGCUUGGUGAGCCAGGGUGUUGCAGAUUUUUUCAGCUUCUUCCAGAGAUCUGGAAGAAGCUGGUAUCUAGUCGGGACCAGUGGUUUUAUGGUAUUUCAUUUUUGAUAUGGCCUUGCUCACCUCCUCUAAUAUAGAUUUGAUAGGCCCUUCAACAGGCGGCAUAUGUGGCAUUUUUUGACUCGAAAACUCCUCGUUCAUUAGUUGUUCGUAGUAUUCCUUCCAUCUUAUAUUUAUAUCCUUGUUCGCCGUUAGUAAAACACCCUGGGAAUUUUUGAUGUAUUUGUUACAUUUAAUAUCGAGAGUAGACCUAUGGCGUUGUCGGGCUAUUUUGUAGAUAGAGUUCUCAUCCUCGGCUUUUUCCAAUCUAUCAUAAAAAUCUUCUCUAGAUUUUGCCAUGGAUUGUGCUACAGCAGAUUUAGCUAUCUUUUUAAGAUUCUUAUACAGUAGGUGGUCUUCUUCCAAACCCGAUUUCUGCUAUGCUUUAAAUACCUCUCUCUUUGACUUUAUUAUGUGUUGUGCAGUUUAAUUCCACCAGGACGUUGCUUUACUUACGCGCAGUGCUCCACGUGAAAUACCCAGGAUCGCUUUUGCCCUUUCCAAACAUAGUCUUUCGAAAUCAGACCACAUCUGGUUAGCUGAUUUGUCGGUCUCAAUGUCUUCUUUCAUAUAGGCGUGGGCCCAUUCUAGAAGCGGUGAGCCCUUGACGGAGUGCAGUUCUUUCCACUUAAUACUGUCUGUUCUGCCGAUGUGUGUUGUUAUAGGUUUGGGUAGUUUCAUGACUGAGACGAGAAGCCUAUGUUGUGAGGCAAGCCCAUUGCCGGGAAUCACUUUACAGUCCUUAUAAAGUUUAAAGAUGUUGUUGCUGGCGAGGAUAUAAUGUAUUUGUGAGUUAUAUUCAGAGCAUUUGUAGGUGAUAAGGUGUUCCGGUUUUUUUUUUUUGGAAAUAUGUAUUAAUUAUUUAUAGGAAGUGCCUGGAUGCGAAAUUAAGAAUUCUUAUUUCUUGUUAUCAAAUCCAUAGCCUCCAUGGAUGUCGCUAUAAAGGUCGUUCUUUUCUCCUACAUAUCCAUUCAGGUCUCCUCCUAUGUGGGCAUGUUCUGUUAAAGAAAUAUUUUGCAUAAUUUCGUCAAAGUCCUCCCAGAAAUCUUGCUUUUAUUGUUCAGAAUAUCCCGUUUGUGGUGCAUACGCAGAGAUUAAGUUCAAAGGCGGUUGGCCGUCCAUUGCUAGUUUUAUGCUAAUGAGUCUGUCAUUCUUCCUAUCCACGUUGAUUAUUCUCGUUUUUAGGUUUUCAUCCAAUACGAUACCUACUCCGUUUCUUUUGGUAUCAGUACCAUGGUAUACAAGCUGGCCAUUUCCGAUAUCCCUGGAUUUUGACCCUUUCCAUUUCGUUUCUUGGACGCAGCAGGCGUUUAUUUGUCUUGAUUUUAGAAUUUCGCUUAGUUCUGUGCUGCGUCCCGCCAUUGUGCCGAGGUUCCACGAUGCAAGUCUGAGAUUGUCAAAGACUUUUGGAUGCGAACGUUGGUUCUUGUCUUUAGCGUCGCUUGUGGGGAACGCCCUAGCAUGUAUCGCAUUCUUCGCAUCUACGUCGCUUGAGGGGGACGCCAAGCAUUUAACGUUCUCAUCUUUAGUUUUGCUGUCAUACAAGGAGUUUGAGUUUUUGGCUAAAGUUCCUAGCCUAUUCCAAUUGAAUAUGAAAGGAAAAGAAAAAAUAUUGCUAUCAUGCAGUACAAACGGUCCAUGAUUAAUAUAAUAUCUUUAUUUACAUAUAUCAACUUUAAUUUUACUUCCAAAGUCCCAUUGACAACUUCACCAACAUUCAAAAUGAAAUCUUUGUGCGAAUCCAUAAUGCGUAUCAUAGAUCAUAUUCAAUACCUCGAGCAAUGAUAUCGCCUCAUUUCAAUCUCAGUUGUUUAUUUAUAUUUAAUCCUCAUGCGUUUGCAAUAGGCUAUAGAAACUUUGAAAUAUUUACACACAAAGAAAAUACUAUUAAUGAUAUAUUAAAUUUUACAUGUACAAAGGCGUACUUAUUCCAAAAAAUGGUAAUGAUUUUGCAAUCCAAACUCAUCGCGUCCAAUGACGUUUUCUUCAAUUUGUUUCAUAUUAAAUGUUCUGUGAUAUAAUAUAUGCGGGUGGAUUAAUAAUUGAACAUUGACAGAGCGUUCAUAGACUUGUCUACACAAAUGCUAUAUUCGUGAAACAUUUGAAUAUAAACCUUAUUAAUUUACCUAUUGAGUACAAUUUCUAUUGUCCUUAUAAUGUUAUGUUAGGUAUAUGUUAUUGUUGUAAUAAAUGUCGUUCUCUAGUUAUAAAUUGUCGUCCUAAUUUAUAUAUAUCUAAAUAAAAUCUUAUUUUUCUGUUAAAAAAAAUCUUAGUUACUCGUAACUGCUGAGUAUGUAUGUAAAAUCUAUUUCAUGUAAGUAUCAGUAUAUCUAAAAUAGUAUUUAGUUUUAUUAAUUCAAAUAUCAUUUUGAUGUAUAUCAAAUUCCAAUUUUAUUUUAUAUCAUUUAGUAAUAAAAUUUUUAAUAAUUAAUUAUUUUUGGUUACAAAAUCGGGUCAAAAUCUCAUUCAAAGUAUAUAUGAUAUUGUUGACUCUUUUUUUAUGGUUAUGUACCUUAUUUUUUUUUGUCUUUGUUUCUUUUUGGUGAAUAAAGUCAUUUAUUAUUAUUAUAAUGCAGACUUUUAUAUAUAACAAUGAAGAAGACUUAGAAUACGUUGCGAUCUUCUGUACAUAACAUAAUUUUCAGCAUAUAACAUUUUAUAACGAUUUUUUUUAAAUAUAAUAAAAUCGAUAAAAAAAAAUAUUAGAUAAAGGUUUUUUUUUACGACUAAUCAAUGUUUCGUAGUUAACUUUGAAUAAUUAUUUUCUGAUUAUUAAUUCAUUGAAUAUAUCGUAUUUUUCAGUCAAUAAUUUAUAAUAUUUGUUCCCUUGACUUUCCGUCGACGCAUAUUGUACAUAAACCUGUAAGACUCCCAAUAAAAUUAUUUUUAAACAGAUUUAUCUUUCACUUUUGUUUUAUUGUUUAUACAUUUAAUUUUCCGAAUAGUGAGAAAUAUUCUCUAAGAUAAUAAAAAUAAUGAUUAAAAAUGAAUGUUUGUUUGUUUGUUCUGUAUGCGUUCCUAAACUAUUCUUCAGAUUGUGAUGAAACUCUGGUGUCGUGUUCUGCGUAAGCUAGCGAAGGCACUGGCCCAAAAAAAAGAACGAGAAUUUGUCUAUUUGUAUGUUUGUCUUUCAAUAUUAACAUUUCAUGUAAUUAAAAAUAUUCAAUUUCAUGAAUGUCGCUCAUUUUGUAGUUAGAGAUAUACGCCAUUACUUAUAAACGUUGCUUAGCGACUGUAUUGCGUAACACUGAUUUAUCUCUUUCUGUCAUUAUUGAUUUGAAAUUCGAAUGAAAAAGACAGCAUUCUUUAACUAAUCACCCGCUAAGCUACUUUUAUAAGUAAGUCCGGUAAUGUUUGUAAAUAGAAGUUAGUACAGAGAUAAUGUUCUAAAAUUAUAAUGACUUGUAGUGAAUUCCUAUUUCAAUAAGUUCUGUGUAAUUUUACACGUAAAAUAUAAGAAGCUGCAAUUAUUUUGUUUUUCGAUUACAAGAUUAUUUUUCCGAAGUAUAAUUAAUAAUAUUAAUUGUGAUUUAAAAAAUAUAUAAUACUUUAUUUUUAAUCAGCAGAUAUAUAUGUACCUAAAAAAACAGAAUAUCUAUUAUAAAUACUAUAAUAAUAUAUAAUAAUAUGAGUUAUUUAUCAACUUCAUAAUUUUCUUCCAUAGAAUGUUCAAAUAGGAUAUUGUGAUUUUUUAAUAGAUCCGAAAUAGGCAAGAGUUUGUCCCAUUUGUCCCAAAAUGUAUUUAUAAAUGGCUACACGACCACCAUAGACAUAUUAUUGCUAAAAAAAUAACCACUUUAAUUGAUACAAAUAACGCCGAUUGCAUGUUAGCAAAAUUGUAUUGUAUUUUUUUAAUUAAGUUUAUAAAUUAUAACUAAUUUUCUUUUUUUAUAUAAUAUAUGUCGUGUAAACAAACAUUUACAUAAAUUCUUGUUUUUAUUUCUUUAUUAUUAUGUAUGUAAAUUAGGAUGUAUUGUUAUAUUUUACUUAUUAUAUUGUAAAUAUGUUGUUUUUUAAUAUCAUUUAUCAUAAUUUCGGUUAACUAAAGAUUAACAAAUAGCCUUAAGAAAUUAUUAAGCCUUUGUUAAUCUAUAGUUAAUGGUUUGGCUCUAUAAUUUUGUUGAUCAAUACAAAAAAUAUAAAAGGAUGAAGAAAUAUCCUUAAGAAAAAAAAAGUCAAAAUGUAACUUAUUCAAAUAGUUCUACUAUUGAUUAUAAACACUUUUGAAUUGUCAUAACAUGAAUUCAAUGCUUCUAUCGGUUUUCGAAUUUAGAAUCUAUCAAAAAUAUAAAAAUCUAGCCGGUUACUAGAAUUUAUGUGUUGCUAGACAAAAGUGUAAUUUCUUGUAUGUUUCAACAAUGUUCUCAUUAAAUGUAAUAUGGUCGUGACUAUGAAUGUAUAACUUUAAGUAAAUUUUAUUUUA